GGGAGGGAAACGAUGGAAAUAACGAGAAAAAUAAAUAGCGGCACGAUGUGCUGAAUUGAGGUUCCCUCACGCGAGCGUAAACAGAAAAUAGGAUAAAGUGAAGAAGCAUGAAGAAAAAACUGUGUGCUUGUCAAACGAGCCGGUGAAUCUGAGCUGCUUCCUGAAUAAUCGGCGAAUCCUUUGAUGGAUUAACGACCAGCUUCCAAGCUCGUGAACCAGCAACAAAGAUGCGGAACUUUCGUUGAGAAUUUUCUCGCCCCCGUGAUAUUUUUAUUUCGUCUUUCGGUGAAAUACAAAAGUACACGAGUGCGCAAUCUUUUCGGCGGGGGAGGGGUGCGAAAGAGCAAGAGGCAGAAAGACGCUUCGAGAGGCGAUGUAUUUUACCCGAUGUCUGUGAGCUUAUAAAUAAUUCAUUUUGCACCGUAGAAGAUCGAGAGGUUGCAACGGUGCGCGAGAAUUAUUACGUUCGAGAGAUAUAAAUACACAGCGAAGUACAUCUGUGCGCGUAUUCUAUAGAUGUACAUACUCCAUAGUCCAAAGUGUUCGUUACGAGAGCGGAGAGUGCUGAAAGGAUUCGCAACUAGGAUUGAGAAAUUAUUUCAAUCGGGAGGAGUCGGGAAGGAAGCUGAGCGAAGAUAAAAGGACUCCGGGAAAGGAAUUAUAAAAUUUCAUCUCUCCGAACAUGUAUAAUCAACGAUGCUUCGAUAUCAUCCACACGAUUCUUCUCUUCAUCGGAAUUUUCAAAGAUGUUCAACCGAUAAAUAUAACGAGCGUGAAUAUCCCAAGAUUGGCGAGUUUGGGGACGAGGAAUCCGGUGAUUCUCGACUGCGACUACGACAUUGGUAAAUCGAAGAACACGGGUCUCGUGAUCAAGUGGUACGUCAAUCAGGAGCUUCUCUAUCAGUGGAUCUACGGUUACGAGCCGAAGGGAUCGGACGAGUUUCGGAAAUACAUCGACGAGACUUACAAGGCGAGCGACGAUCCGAACGAGAUGUACCGGGCGGUUAAGCUCGUUCGUCUCGGUCAUGAGUUGACCGGAAACGUACGAUGCCUUAUUUCGACGCAGUUCGACGGCGAGGCCGAGGCGAGCAGUCAAAUGCUUGUUUACUCACCGGAAAGCGUGUUUCGAUUGUCUCAUCCCGUGCUGAACGAGGAAUCAAAUUUGCUGACUGUGACGUGCCUGGCGGAGGACCUUUAUCCUCUGCCGACGAUAAAACUGCGGCGAAACAGACAAUUGAUCGAGGUCCAAAAGCAAUAUUACAAAAACCAUAGCGAUGGGAGGUACAGCAUCGAGGCCGUAGGAAUUUUACCAAUGAGCGAGGUCCAACUGCCGGAGAUUUUUCGUUGCGAAUUGACGAUAAAGGAUGCGAACUAUACCUCGACACGCGAAUACCUUUACAACGGUGGUGCAGCCAUCGUCCAACUGCCCAGAUCGUUCGUCAUCUUUGCGUUCGUUUUGGCGAUAACGAUGAUUUCCUCCUUGAUCACGAUCACACAUACUAUCUAAUGAAAAGGAUAAAUUUUAUUCAAACGACUAGGCGUUACAAAGAGAAUAAAUGAUAAAAAGAUAAAUCUUAUUAGACACUAAUUAAUAUUAUAUAAAUAUAUCGAGUAUAUAUAUAUGUCUAUAUACAUUAAUUCGUGUAUAUAUUCAUAUGUAUUUGUAUGUAUAUGAAAUAUGUAUAUGUAUAUGAAAAAUUGUAUGUUUCUCCGAGAGAGAUUGACGGGGAAGUUAAAUAUAUGUUGAUAUCUGGUAAAAAAAUUUGAUCUCGAUAGCA